AUGCCAGAAGUCAUUGAGCUGUUGUCGUCGAGUUCGCCACUUAGGACACCUCCCAUACUGAGACAGGCCACUAAAUUGCCCGCCUCAAUAUCAGCAUUGCCUGAGACGUUCGGCUUCCUGUCUGAUGACUUCGACGAGACUGUCUCGAUCGAUCUCCGCGUCGACCGGCCCUCCAAACGUCAACGAUUAAGUCCAGAGCCCAGUUCACACGUGCCGGGCAAAGACUCUUGCCGGGUGCUGACACUAGACAUCUCAUCGGAUGAUAAUUCAUGGCUAGAUCCUGAGGUCGAUGACGCUGAUCAGGUGUCGAAAGGUUCCGAGGCACCAAAGACGAAGAGCAAUGUUUACGAUGAAAUAACCUUUUCGUCCUCAGCUCCAGAGCUGCGCCACACAGAAAGCUGGAAGUCAGCAACCUCCCUGAGACUUCCACUCGAUGACUCCGACGAAGAUCUAUUGGAGGACGUUCUGUUGAGUCUUUCCCAGCCGGCCAACAAGGCGCUGGACGCCGAUGAUCAUGGUGAUUUGUAUUCACACCGAACCGCCAACCUUUUGGCGAAUCUCACCCAGGGAUCGGCCACAGAGAAGAAGGCCAGGUCACGGCCGCCUAAACCCAAGGUACUGGAGCAUGCAUCGAAACGACCUUCCGUAUCCAAUAUCCCUGAUCAGAUUGAAUUCUCCUCAAGCCCAGUAAAUGUUCGAUCCUCUAGGUCUUCCAAAUUAUCUGAUGAUCAGAAGGCGUCUAAGGCUGCCGAAAGAGCGGCAGCAAGAGCCGACAAAGAGGCUGCAAAGCAAGCGGAAAAGGACCGAAAGCGACUGGAUCGCGAAAGAAGGGCCCAGGAAAAGCAGAGGGCUGCCGAUCUCGCAGAGGCCAACAAAUCAAAGACAAGCAAAAAGGACGCAACUCCCGAAAUGAUCCUGGACAUGUCAAGCUUUCUCAAGGGAACCAGUGUUGGGACUCAGGUUGAGACGUACAUGGAGAAUGUUCGUGUUGAGGUGAACUACAUUGAUGAGGAGGUCAAUUUGACCGACACUGCUGCGGAUCAGGAUUUCUAUGGAAAUGUCAUAACGUGGCGUCGCAAAGUCACAUCCAGCUACAACAACGAAGAAGGUCAGUGGGAGCCAGCAUCGCAGAGUCGGGUAGUCAAGGAGAAGCACGUUUUGAUCUACCUUCCUGCCGUCGAAUUUGCUGCGAUAAUCGGUGGACCAACGCCAACAACUCCUGCUGCACGUCCACCAACAGAAACAGAAAUGAAAAGCCAGUUGGACGCUCAUGUGGCCUCAAUACGUCACCGAUUUCAAGACUCCAUUCCAAUCUACCUCAUUGAGGGACUGUAUGGAUGGAUCAAGAAGAACGCGAAUGCGAAGAAUCGAACAUACACGGCUGCUGUACGAGCACAAUUGGUGGAUAGUGAUACAGGAAGCUCCUCCGGCGUACAAGCCAGCAGUGCUCAGCCAAAGUCCCGCAAGAGGAAGAAGCCAUCCACAGACAGGCUAGACCUUUCUUUCAUCACUUCUGACGUGGCCGAAGACCUGCUCUUGUAUCUUCAGCUAGCGCACCAGCCAAUCUUGAUACAUCAUACCGUGUCUCCAGGAACAACGGCGUCUCAAAUUUCGGCCUUGACCCAACACCUCUCGACGCGGCCUUAUCGUCUGGCCCAACUCGACUAUAACCUCAAGUCAGCCUCGUUCUGCAUGGACACUGGUCAGGUCCGGACCGGAGAUGACGCCAAAGAUACGUUUGUCAAAAUGCUCCAGGAGGUUCAACGCGUGACACCCAGCAUGGCUUAUGGGAUUCUGGACCAGUGGCCGAGCGUCAGGAAACUGGUCAAAGGUUUCGAACGACAUGGCAACCUGAUGCUCGAGGAUGUUCGAAAGAGUGUCAACAAAGACGGCGCGUGGAGCGAUCGGAAACUCGGCCCUAUGAUCAGUCGGAGGCUGUUCAAGGUAUUCAUGGGCCGAGACCCUUCGGCGACAGACGGCAUGUCAUGA